AUGAAUCAUGAAAAAAGUCCAAAUGAAAGUCAACUAAAUUUCAAAGAUUCAACUACAUCAUCAAAUUCAAUUUCAUCUUCCAAUAAAAAGAAAAAUUCAAGUAAUAUAUGGCAAACUUUUAAAGAUUCAUUUAAACCAGCAUUAACAGAUAAUCAAAAUGAAAUUAAAUCAAAAUUUAAUCAAGAUAUUGAAAGUUUAACUGAUUUACAAAAAAUAAAUCAAAAUACUUCAAAUUCAAAUUUACGUAAAGACUUAAGUUCUCGUCAUAUUCAAAUGAUUUCUUUGGGAUCAUCUAUAGGUACUGGAUUAUUUGUUGGUACAGGAUCAGCUUUAUCACAAGGAGGACCUGGUGGAAUAAUGAUUGCUUGGGUUUUAACAGCAACAGCUGUAUUUGCAACUAUGCAAGGUUUAGGUGAAUUAUGUACAACUUUUCCAAUAUCUGGUGGAUUUAAUGUAUAUGCAAGUAGAUUUAUUGAACCAGGUAUUGGAUUUGCAGUUGGUUGGAAUUAUUUUUUACAAUUUUAUGUUUUAUUACCUUUAGAAUUAGUUGCUGCUGCAAUAACUAUACAAUAUUGGAAUAGUAAUAUAAAUUCAGAUGUUUUUGUAAUAAUUUUUUGGUUUGUUAUAGUUAUUAUAACAUUAUUAGGAGUUAGAGGUUAUGGAGAAGUUGAAUUUAUAUUAUCAACAAUUAAAGUAUUAGCAGUUGUUGGAUUUAUAAUUUUAGGAAUUGUUUUAAUUUCAGGUGGAGGACCAAAUAAUCAAUUUAUAGGUGGUAAAUAUUGGCAUAAACCAGGACCUUUUGCAAAUAAUUUUAAAGGAGUGGCAUCCAAUAUAGUAAAUGCUGCAUUUUCUUAUGGUGGGACUGAACUUGUUGGAUUGACUGCUAGUGAAGCAAAUAAUGCAAGAAAAUCUUUACCAAAAGCUAUUAAACAAGUAUUUUGGAGAAUUAUAUUAUUUUAUUUUGGUUCAUUAGUAAUGAUUGCAUGUUUAGUACCUUAUGAUGAUAAAAGAUUAUUAGGUUCAAGUUCAGUUGAUUUAGUAUCAAGUCCUUUCACAAUUGCAAUAGUUAAUGGUGGAAUAAAAGGGUUACCAAGUGUUAUAAAUGCUGUAAUUUUAUUAUCUGUAUUAUCUGUUGGAAAUUCAUCAGUAUUUGCAUGUUCAAGAUCUUUAAAUUCAUUAGCUGAACAAGGAAUGGCACCAAAAUGGAUGGGAUAUAUAGAUAGAGCCGGAAGACCAUUAGUUGCUAUUAUUAUAACAAAUAUUUUUGGAUUAUUUGCAUUAAUUGCAGCAAAUGAUAAUGCUCAACAAGCAGCUUUUGAUUGGUUAUUAGCAUUAUCUGGAUUAUCAACAAUAUUCACAUGGUUAACAAUAAAUUUAAGUCAUAUAAGAUUUAGAUCAGCUUUAAAAUCUCAAGGUAGAUCAAUUAAUGAAUUACCUUAUGUUUCUCAAACUGGUAUAUGGGGUUCAUAUUAUGGUUUAAUAUUAAAUUUUUUAUUUUUAAUUGCUCAAUUUUGGAUUGCAUUGUUUCCAUUAGGUAGUAAACCAAAUGCUUAUGAUUUUUUUUUAUCUUAUUUAGGAUUUCCUGUAACUUUAGCAUUUUGGAUAGGUUAUAAAAUCUGGAAACGUAAUUUAAAAUUAUAUUUAAAACUGAAUGAAAUUGAUAUAGAUUCUGGACGAAUUGAAAUUGAUAUAGAUGUAUUGCAACAAGAAUUAGCUGAGGAAAGGACAAAAUAUAAGGAAAUGUCAAUAUUUAAAAAAUGUUUUGCAUUUUGGUGUUAA